CGCCCUCAGGGACAGCAUAUCCCUUCCGGGUUUGGCUCCGCCCCUUCCGGAACUGGCUCCUCCCCCUCUGCUGGUCGGUGAGGUGGGUCGGGAGUGCUGGCGGGUAUGUGGUGAUCACAGUGAAAAAUAGAGAGGGGAUCUCCGAGGUUUUGGAGAGACUCUUCAGCCAAGCAUAACAUUGCACAAAAGGUUACGAAUUUGGAUCCAGCAUUUUAAUCAGAUGGCUCUUUGGGCCAUGUAAAAUGAAUUGGGUGCAGUUCACUCUUCAGUGGACACAAGGGGUCCAAGUCUACGCCCGUGAAAUCACUACCUAAGUUGCUGUCUUCAAAAUUGGGUGUAGAGGCUGACAUACAUUUACACACCUACUUGUAGGUUUUGAUACAAGGGAGAAGAGGAGGAAUGUGGGGAAAUUUGAACUGCUGCUGUCUGUGCCUCACCCCUUCUAAGGAUUAAAAGAGAGAUUGGGUUGGGACCAGGCACUGGAUGACCAUAGCUAAACAAUGUCUGGACUACGUGGAGCUGUCCAUGCAAAAUGGAUAAUAGGGAAAGUAAUUGGAACCAAAAUGCAUAAAACUGCCAAAGUGAGAGUGACAAGGCUUGUGCUGGAUCCUUAUUUACUAAAGUUCUUUAACAAGCGAAAAACUUAUUUCGCUCAUGAUCCAUUGCAGCAAUGUGCCGUCGGAGACAUUGUUCUUCUAAAAGCUUUGCCUGAGCGGAGGACCAAAAAUGUGAAACAUGAACUGGCUGAGAUUGUUUACAAGGUUGGAAAUGUCAUAGACCCAGUGACUGGAAAAGCCUGCGCAGGAACCAGGUUCCUGGAAAGUCUAACAGAUUCAGAAAGUCUAACUGAGGCAGACACCACCUAUCUAAGUGAAAAGCUCCAAGAACUAAAUGUUUCCUCAACAGAGAAAUAAAGGGUGGGAAGAGGCCAGUAAACAGGGGGAUUUACCUCUCAUCUUUACAUGAGAGAUUGGUUGUGCCCAUUGUCUUAGGAUGUAAAAUCUUUCUAUUGUUAGUAACAAAUAAUAAACUGAAUUACUUCCAACACUAAAAUGACAGAUAUUUUAAAAUUGGGGAAUUUAUCAAUUAGAAAUAAUGUGGAAAAAACUUAAAUCACAAUGUUCUCAAUGUUUUAUUUUCUUAACACACAGUUUUGCCCUAUCUUUAGCAAGAAUGUCAAAAUUACCACCUCAGUCACAAAAUUAAGAAUGGUUCUUCUUUAUUAAGAUGUUUAAGAGCAUAAAUCUAUAUAUAUAGUUUAAUAUUCAUGGGAGGGUGUUUUUCCCAUGUUUGACUGUCUGAACCCUGGAACUGAAUCUGUUGUGGUUUGUAGCCUAAUAUUUAAAGUAACACAAUUAAAAGUUUUUUAAAAUAUUGUAGAAAUCCUAUAGCCAUAUGUUUAUAUAUGUUGUUUCAUUUUAUUAGUAGUAAUGCCACUCUAUAGCAGCAAGCCUGUUACUCAUUUUGUACAGAAGGUUUAUGAAAUGUUAUAAUAGAAGCAUGUGCAUUUAAACCACCUAAUUUUAAAUGCUUACUAUUACAAAUUUUAUCUGCUUUAUCAUAAGACAUACUAAAGGAAAGGUUCCCAUGUGAAAUUGAUAAAAGUCUACAAUGAAACAGUGGCAUAGCUUGACAAAGUGAAGAGAUAUAAUCCAGCACCCAUUGAAGUCAAAGGGGAAUGGGAAGUCGAUGAGAGUUUUGCUGUUGACUAUCAUGAGGGAGGUUCUUAACCAAUAGGUAGGGGUAAAAUCUAUAUCUGAGGGAGAAAAGUGGGUCCUUCAUGAUUCACAUAGUUUGUAAAACAAAGGAAAAGUACAUGUGUAUCCAGCACAGAUAUAGGGGAGGGAUGUAUCUGUUUUAAACUAAGUAUUGUGCUGCAAAGAGAAAAGUUACAAAAUAUGAGUAUUAGAAAAAUCCCAUAAAUGUAAUAUAAAAGAGUGGAAGUAAAGAUGCCUGAAGUCUUAUCUCUUAAUAAGAAAAUCUAAUUAAGGCCCCAAAUACUGCAAAGAGAUGCAGGGAUCGAGUCUCUAAAAGCUGUACCAAA